CCUCUCCAUGAUCGCCUGAGCUCGCCGGCGACACUUUCUGCUACAGUUCCGGUUGUCAAGACCUUGCUUUCCUGGUUCUGUACAUCUAGUCUUAUUACAUCGAAUCAUAAAUAGUGGUUCAUCUAUAGAUCUUGUCAUGCACUUUUCUUGUGCCAGGUGAAUUUCACCAUUCAUGAUGGAUUUAAAAUUCAAAGGUCCAAAAUGGGUUGGAAACAUUUACCAGAAGUUUGAAGCAAUCUGCCAUGAGGUGGAUGAUAUUGUAAAACAGGAUACAAUUAAAUAUGUGGAAAACCAGAUGCAUUCAGUGGGUAAAAAUGUGAAGAAACUCUGUUCUGAUUUACUUCCUCCUUUAGGGCAUCCUGUCAAACAUGUGGCUGAAGAUGUGGUUAUUGAAAAGAAUGCUGCUGUUAGUACUAAGACAACGAAAAGCUUGCAGGAAAAGUCUGUUGAUGCAACUGAAAAGCAAUCAUCAACAGAGCCCAAUAUAAUAGAUCCUGUGACAAGCCAGCCGAGUCUUGCCUCAAGUGAACAUCACCUUGGGGACCAACUUAGUUCUCUAACUUCUAUGGAUACUCUUGAGGAGUCAGACUCCAACUUACGCAUAGGAAAGGUUGACGACAUUCUGACAAAUGAAAACUCGGCCACAGACAAACCAAUUCUGUCAAAGUUAACUUCUCCUGGUGGUGAAGAACAUAUCGCAGAGUCACCAGUUCAUAGUAAAUAUGAAAAUAGACAGGCAGCCUUGUCUGAGGUUGAAACCUCCACUGAUGAAUUGGAGCAAAAAUCAAGGCGUGAUAACUUUUCUGAUGAAGUUGAGUGUGUGUCUGGUGUUUCAACUGUAAUGGUCUCCAAUAUAGAGCCCAAAGUAAUGGAUCCAGAAAACCAGCUGAGUCUUGUCUCUAGUCAAUCUCACCUUUUAGAGCAACAUAGUUCUCCGACUUCCAUGGAUACUCUUGAGGGCUCAGAGUCAAUCUUAUACAUGGGAAAAAUUGACGGCAUUUUGACAAAUGAAAACUCAGAUGUUAACAAAGAAGAAUUUUCCACAAAAGAGUAUGCACCUAAUAUGCUGGAGUCAACCUCUUCUGGUGUGGUAGAACACUUUACGAUGUCACCAAUUGGGGUAUUUGAUCAAAGCAAUGAUGAAAAUAAACAUGCUGAUUUGUCAAAGGUUGGACCUGAAACCCCAGUACAUGAAGGGGAGUUUGAAUCUCUGCAAAACUGGACCCUUUGGGAUGACUAUGUUGAUGAAAUUGAGUGCGUUUCUGGUGCUUUGAAUUCCACUUCGGAAAUGUCCUUUUCAGUUGUCUCUGCGGAGAAUACUACAGAGGAUGUUGGACUUGCAUCCUUCAGCAGAUCCAAUGCAAAGGAAUCUCUUAGGAUCUCUGAAAAUUCACCUGAAAAGUUAACCGAGGAAGCAAUGUUUUGUCAUAACUCUGUUGAGGGGGUCAGUUUUGUUGAAAAUUUCUCUGAUGUUGCACAUGAAACCUCAGCACAUAGUUUGGAGUUUAAAUCUCAGCUCGACUUGACUGCUUGGGAUAACUUUGCUGAUGAAACUGAGUGUAAUUCUGGUGGUUCAAAUACAACUUCUGAAAUGGUCUCCUCAGUUGUCUCUGGGGAGAAAUCUAUAGAGGAGGUUGGCCUAACAUCCUUCAACUGCUCCAAUGCUAAACCACUAAGGGUCUCUGAAGAUUCACCUCAAAAGUUAUCCACAGAAGCAAUGUUAUGUCAUAAUUCUAGUGAGGUGGCUGGUUGUGUUUGUGAUAUGUCUGAGGUCGUACGUGACAAUUCAGCACAUGGCGUGGAGUCUGAAUUCCAGCCAAGCUCGCCAGCUUGGGAUGAGUGUUCUGAUGAUAUCCAAUGUGUUUCUGGUACUUCAAAAGAUACAUCUGAAGUAGCCUGUUCAGUUGUCCCUGGAGAGAAUGCUGCAGCGGAGAUUGGACUUCCGUCCUUCGGCAGUUCCAAUGCAAAGGAAUUUCUUAAGUUCACUGAAAAUUCACCUCAAAUGUUAUCUGUGGAAGCUAUGUUUUGUCAUAGUUCUGGUGGCUACGCUAGAUGUGUUUCUGAUAGCUCGGAUGGAUUCUCAUCAUCAGCUCCAGCCCUAACCGUGUCCAGUAAGACUAAGGACACUGAAGUUCGACUUUCUUCAUUCAGCAGUGUGCUAUCAAUUGAAGAAGGCACUUCCAGAAUCACAGAGACCAUGCCUCUGACAGUACCUUCUGGAAAACAGCAAGUCAAGAUCUGCGAGUCCGUUCAACAUGAGGCUGUAGUGCCCUCUGCAGAUACUGGAUGUUUGGAUGAAUCAAGUUCUGAUAUUGCUUACUGUCACAUGGAAAGCAUUGACUUGCAUGAUAAGGUGAAGAUUGAGGAAAGCUGUGUCAAUGUAGAGGAUAGUGUACUUCAUGCUAUUUCUCGCAGAGCAAGAAAGCAAAGAUCAUACAAGAAACAAAUCCAGGAUGCUUUUACAUCAAAGAAGAGGUUGGUGAAGGAGUAUGAACAGCUAGCGAUUUGGUUUGGAGAUACUGGUUUAGAUUCCAGCCAAGAAGCAACUUCUAACAAGGAAAAUUCGGGAACUCAUCAUGCAGGUGACUCUGAAUGGGAGCUUCUGUAAGCAAUAUAAUUUGUGUAUGUAAUUAAAUGAAAUUGGAGUAUUGGACCGGUUACAAGGCUGCUUGCCUUUCAGAUAAAACAUGUUGGAAAGUGAUCGAGUGAUCAAGCCGACUAAAUAGCGUUAGAUGGGUUAGUAUUGGUUCCAAGAUAUGUGAUAAAGAGGAACAUAUGAGUUACAUACAGGUGAUAUUGGAUGUCUCACUCCUUUUUCUUCUUC